CUGAAGUUCCUCGGGAUUUCUCUCUGCCCAUCACAGAACAUAUAUAUGUAUGUACAUACACCUAAAGCACAAACCUGCAUAAACCGCCCUAAUGCCCUAAACUAAACUUGUUUUCGAACGCAAGGAUCGUUAUAAUAUUAAUAUUAAAUUCUUUAAAAUGUGAGACAAUAUGAGGAUUUGCAAAAAAUGUUUAAUGAAUAUAUUUAAUCUCUAUAAUAUGCUUGAACAUUGAAGCGAUAAUUUUUUUAAUCAAGUAUCAAGGAUAUAAUAGAGGAAGGGAAGAACCAAGGCGCGAGAUACAGAAUCGAAGGUGACAUAUGUCAUAUAUUUAGACGAUGAAUUAAAGAUAUUUGAAUAAAAAAAGAUCACAGAAUGGUGAUAUAUGGAGUUUACAUUGUAUCCAAAUCUGGUGGUUUGAUCUUUAAUCAUGAUCACAAUGUCCCAAAAAUUGAAGUCGAGAAACCCUUUAAUUUUCCACUCAAUAUUAAAUUAAAUUAUGAAAACAAGAAAAUAGUAGUAGCUUUCGGACAGAAAGAUGGAAUACAUGUGGGACACGUAUUAACAGCUGUGAAUGGAAUUGCGAUCACGGGACGCGAGCUCGAAGACGGAAGAGACAUCUUGGAGAUGUUGGAGCAACCAGAAAAUUUCCCCGUAACGUUGAAAUUUAGUCGGGCAAAAAUGACGACGAAUGAGAAGAUAUUUCUCGCUUCGAUGUUCUAUCCUCUUUUCGCAAUAGCGAGUCAACUGAGUCCCGAACCGCGAAGUUCCGGAAUUGAGAUUCUCGAAGCGGACACAUUUCGUUUAUAUUGCUUUCAGACGUUGACAGGCAUCAAGUUUAUGAUUGUGGCGGAACCGUCACAGCCAGGCAUGGAAAUUUUGUUAAAGCGAGUGUACGACUUGUAUGCGGAUUACGCCCUAAAGAAUCCAUUUUACGCGCUGGAAAUGCCUAUUCGUUGCGAAUUAUUCGAAACCAAUUUACAAACGCUGUUAGAAACCGUAGAAAAAUCUGGGAUAAGUAACGUUUAGUUUAUAUUAUAAUUUACAUGUAUUGUGUUAAUAAAUUUAUAGUAAUUUAAAUAAAAAUAUUUAAGAAAGUA